CAUGGCGCUUUGGAAGGGAGCUGUUUCAUGAUAGUCAGAGCGAUUGAUCCAUUUUCUUUAGUUAUGUUAAUUUAUAUAACAGCCAGGUAAAUAAACCAAAUAUGUUAGGCCGUGAAAGGUGAUCGCUCCUUGUGUCUCCAUGGACAACGAAACACUAGGUUUGGUAGCGUUGUGUGCUGUCGUCAGCUGAAACUGUUAGCAUUGAUAUGCUAUCUAAAGCUAGUUAGCUGGCUAAUGUUAAGUAGCUAGAGUUAAAUAUGCUUGUUUACGUAGCCUACACUGACGUUAAACUGAUUAUCAAUGGUUAAAACACGUUAUUUAUUAUCAGAUCAGCCAUUUAUUGUUUAGGACGACGAUUCCGAUUAGCUAACAUUUCGUUAGCUAAGCUAGGAGGAUGAAGAGCCGCCAUGGAUAUGUUUUGUUGCUGGCCAGUGGGAUUUUCCUGUCGGUGUUUUGGCUGUCUGAAGGUGCCCCUCUUCAGUAUCAACACAACUCAGAUGGAAGCACAGGGGACACGUGGUCUGUGUCCCUCUACCUGUCCCUGGUGGUGUCCCUGACGGCGCUCGUGGCCUUGGUGGUGCUGCUAGUGAACUGUGUGACCUGCUGCAAGGAGAGGGAGAUCAACUUCAAGGAGUUUGAGGACCACUUUGAGGAUGAGAUCGACUUCACUCCCCCGGCAGAGGACACUCCUUCUAUGCAGUCCCCAGCUGAGGUGUACACCCUCGCUGUGUCCCCCGUGGCCCUGCCUGGGCCCCCCCACCUCCAACCUCCUGUCAGCAUCACAGAGGGAUCAGGGGACGUCCAGUUAGCUCGUCACAGUCUGAGUUACAUCCAAGAGAUCGGCAAUGGCUGGUUUGGCCAGGUAAUGACGAGCUAA